AUGACUGGUUUAACAAUCAGUCGAUGGCUAAUUCUGGUCACUCUUCUGAAUCCUGGUUUGGUAUUACCUUCAUUUGGACAGGUCAUUUCAUUUGGAAUGAGGAAAUUAGCUUAUUCAACUAAUCAAUUUGGAUUUGAUCUACUUCGAGCAAUGGAUAAAUCUGAAUCAUCAACGGCAUUCUGUCCCAUUUGUAUCUCAUCUUCAUUGACCAUGAUGCUCAUGGGUUCACAGGGACACUCAUCGACCUCACUUCGACACGCACUUUACUUGUGGGGUAUGCAAACAAGUGAAAUCAACCUUGCUUAUCAUGAUAUGAUGACCCAUCUUGGAGUUAAUAUUCCAGUGGCCAGUGUUCAUUAUCGUAAUCUUAAUCCAUAUGGACAAUCAUCAUCAACAGAUUAUCGGGUUUCCCUUGCCGAUAAUGAGGUAAAUUCGGGCAAUGAUGUUGCAUUUUUGUCCCAAGUUUACGUUCAACGAGACUUUGGAAUCAAUUAUUCGUAUCAUAUGUUACUCCAAAGGUUUUACAAGACGGCGAUUCAUCCCUUGGACUUUAUCGAUAAUGGUGAAGAGACUCGACAACAUAUCAACGCGAUAGUAGAAAAGGAGACAUCCGGUAAAAUUAAGGAUAUACUUCCGGAUAGACAAUCGCCCACAACUCAAUUGCUAUUGUUGAGUGCACUUUACUUCAAGGGAUCACUAGAUCUUAAUAUAACUUCAUCUAGGAAACGUAAUUAUAUCUCACCUUCAUCUUCAUCAUCUCCAUCGACAUACAAACAAUUAAAUUCUGCAUCAAAUAUAUUUGGUGUUUUCUCUGAUGAUACAAUCAUCUUGGAAGCUCGAAAUGUCCGAAUUCGUUAUGCUUUCAAUCGUUUCCUUAAUUGUACAACAAUUGAGAUGCCUUUUAAAGGAGGACUAAUCACUUUGGUCGCAAUGAUGCCCACUGAUCCAUACGGAUUAGACACUUUAUUAACCAGAUUAUCGGCUCAAGUUUUAUCCGAUGUAAUCAACUCAUUAGAAGUGAAAAGAGUUGAUGUCAAGAUCCCUAGAUUACACUUUGAAACAAGUGAUCGUAAUUUAAGUCUAUCAUUAGCUAAUCUGGGAUUAGCUUACAUAUUUAAACCAGGAUAUGCACAAUUAUAUGAUAUCAGUGAUUAUAAAUGGCUUCAUGUUUCUGAUAUAAUUCAUAAAACUUAUCUUGAAAUUUGGGAGACCCCGAAAACAUUUACCAAUACAAAUAUCAAUAAUAUCAAUACAAAUGGCGGAGGGACAACAAUUAAUCCAUCUACUAAUCCAAAUGCUAAAUCACAAUAUCAACAAUCAAGUAAUAACAUUGAAGUUGUUUUUGAUAAACCUUUCCUUUUUUUCAUCAUGGACAAUAUAAGUGGACUCAUUCUGGCCAUGGGAAAACAUGGACGAGAACCCGUUAAUUACAGGUUACCAAUUUAAAUUUGAUUAAUCAAUCGACAAUCAUCAAGUGUCAUAUAGAAUCAGUUAGAGGAACAGUUGAUUAAUUUCAAAUUAAUCAUUAAAGGUUUACAAUUGAAAUUGAUUGAAAAAUAUCAAAGAUCAUCAUUGAGAUCAACAAUCAAUGUAAAUAUUGAAAUUGACAAAACUUGUCUGAUUUUAAUUGUUACACUAAAAUUCAAUCAAUGAAUCAACAAUUUAAAUGGAAAAUGAAACCAUUAAAUUGUUUAAUUAUCUUGACAAUUAUUUUUUUGAUUCUAUUACAAUUAAUUAUCACUAAUUAAAUUGAAAUUUUGUAUAUUAACUUUGUAACGGUAAACUUUUCAUUCCGGAUAAUUAAACUUUUUUUUUUACUUUUUUCUGAUUGAUAAUGAUAAUGAUUUGAAGUUUAAUUAUCCAUUGAUUCAAAUGGAACAGACUUGAAUCAAAUUAAACUGAAUUAAGAUAAUCAAGUUGUGUCUUUCAUUAGAGUUAAUAAACUUAAUGAUGUUAAUUGAAUUCGUUUCGUUCUUAAUCAACAUUAAUUCAUCUCGAUAAAGAUCAAAUCAGUUAGUCUAUUAAUUUAACUUUUCAAUUUUCUCCCAUAGACUUAAUAUGAGACUUAUAAUAUAAGUCUAAUUGUUAGAAACACUGAUUAGCUAAUUGUUGGAGGAAAAUAUUGAUUCAGAGUGACUUUGCAGAGAUU